ACCUGCUUCACAGUUUAUUUCAUCAUCGCCACCCGGGCAUUGUUCUAUGCCAUCACACUGUGCCGUGGACACUAUACACGCAGCGCCAUCUUUACAGAGGUACUGAUCACUCGUACACAUUGCUGCUUGGGAGUUAGAAUUCGCAUUGUUGAGCUGAUUGGUUUUGUCAUUGUUGCUACUGUUAUCAACAUUACUGUUAAUGUCAUUUUGUGCGCCUCCAUUGCUGUUACUAUUACCAUUAGUAGCAUUGUCUUCAGCAUUAGCAUUAGUUGUGUCACUCGUGGUUUUACUUGUUGUGGUUGCUCCAGAUGAAGAUGUCGCCACAAUUGUUGUGGUUGUAUCUAAUGCGUUUGUGGCCUCAUUUGUUGUGGUUUUAUCCAAUGGAGUUGUGGCCUCAUUUGUUGUGGUUGUAUCUAAUCGAGUUGUGGCUUCAAUUGUUGUGGUUAUAUCCAAUUGAGUUGUGGCCUCACUUGUUGUGGUUGUAUCUAAUCGAGUUGUGGCUUCAAUUGUUGUGGGUGUAUCCAAUUGAGUUGUGGCUUCAAUUGUUGUGGUUGUAUCUAAUUGAGUUGUGGCUUCAAUUGUUGUGGUUGUAUCCAAUGGAGUUGUGGCCUCAUUUGUUGUGGUUGUAUCUAAUUGAGUUGUGGCUUCAAUUGUUGUGGUUGUAUCCAAUCGAGUUGUGGCUUCAAUUGUUGUGGGUGUAUCCAAUUGAGUUGUGGCUUCAAUUGUUGUGGUUGUAUCCAAUGGAGUUGUGGCCUCACUUGUUGUGGUUGUAUCGAAUGGAGUUGUGGCCUCAUUUGUUGUGGUUGUAUCUAAUUGAGGUGUGGCUUCAAUUGUUGUCGCUAUAUCCAAUUGAGUUGUGGCCUCACUUGUUGUGGUUGUAUCUAAUUGAGUUGUGGCUUCAAUUGCUGUGGUUGUAUCCAAUGGAGUUGUGGCCUCACUUGUUGUGGUUGUACCUAAUUGAGUUGUGGCUGUAUCUAAUGAGGUUGUAGCUUCAUUUGUUGUGAUUGCAACUAAUGAGGUUGUGGCCUCAAUUGUUGUGGUUUAUCCAACGGAGUUGUGGCCUCAAUUGUUAUGGUUGUAUCCAAUAGAGUCGUGGCCUCAAUUAUUGAUGUUGUUUCCAAUGGAGUUGUGGCCUCAAGUAUUGUGGUUGUAUACAAUAGAGUUGUGGCCCCACUUGUUGAAGUUGUAUCUAAUGAGUUUGUGGCCUCAUUUGUUGUGGUAUCCAAUGGUGUUGUGGCAUCAAUUGUUGUGGUUGUAUCCAGUGAAGUUGUGGCUUCAAUCAGUGUGGUUGUAUCCAAUGGAGUUAUGGCUUCAAUUGUUGUGGUUGUAUCCAGUGAAGUUGUGGCCUCAAUUGAUGUGGUUGUAUCCACUAAGGUUGUGGCCUGAAUUGUUGUGGUGGUAUCCAAUGGAGUUGUGGUCUCAAUUAUUG